GAAUAACCACGGAGACAGGGCGGUUGGCAAAACUCUGCAUUACUCCUAUAAUACAGAAGCCGAUAAUUAGAUUGAACGAUGGCACCGUCGCUGCCGGAUGUGCAGGAGACAUUCCCACAUUUCUCUGAACGACCCCCAGAGAAGAGUUCUCCCGACACCCUCGCAGCAGACGACACUCAACAAGCAGACGACAUCAUAUGAUGGCCGCCAUUUUGGAAACAGUGUUUACCAACGGCUCUAACCUCUCCGGUCAGGUUAACACUGAAGACGUGACAAUGACUGGAGCCAACGAUACGACAGCAGGCGAUCCGGAAGUGUCACCCUUCUACGUCACCAUGAGACGGCUACAGACAGUUCUCAUUCCCCUGAUUUGCUUAUUUGGAAUUUGUGGAAACGUUUUGGCUGCUGGGACGUUCUUGAGCUCGACACUGCGGGGAACAUCAUGUUGCUUGUACUUGGCUGCCAAAACUAUAAGUGAUAUUGGUUUCCUGCUAUCCCUCUUCGUCGUGUGGUUGUAUCGUGUUAAUGUGCCCAUUCUUAAUACCCAAGGAAUAUGCCAGACGACUGUGUUCCUGAGCUACGUUUGUGGGUUUCUGUCCGUGUGGUUUGUAGUGAUAAUAACCAUCGAAAAUUUUAUACGAAUAUCUCAACCUUGGCGGAUUCCAUUAUUUUGCAGUCAGAAAAAGGCGAUUUUGUUAAUUUGUUUAUUGGUGAUAUUUACUUGUUUACUGUACUCCUUUCCGCUGUGGACAACUGGGAUAGUCAAAGACAAAAAUCUGAAAUGCCAGUCUCUGAAAAAGUUUCAGAAUAUUGCACUUUCAAUGACGUAUGUCGACACUUGUCUAACACUUAUCCUCCCCACAAUUCUUAUGUUUUUUCUGGUUCUUGCCAUAAUGAUCAGUGCACUGCAAGCUUACAAAAGGAAAAUGCGUCUUCGAGUUCUGGCUCAAAAUGGAAACAGAAAACUGUGUUCAAGCACCCCAGAAGGCAAAGUUAGCCGAUUUCUUUUCGCUGUGUCCAUCAUAUUCCUAUGUUUACACACACCCAGCCACGUGAUUCGGAUGAAGCUAGUGAUAUUAAACUAUUUCUAUCAUCAAGUGCCAUCUAUUCACGAUCUUGUUUUUCAAAGAGUAUUUGAGACCUUUUUUUACUUCAACUUUUCACUGAAUUGUUUAAUUUAUCUGCUUUUCGGGGAAAAUUUUCGAAGAGUGUUCAAGCUAAUCUACCUUAGCAGGUGCAAGAGAAAAAAUAUGACCGAGAUACAGGAAGCAAAUAAUAUGUCUCCGUUGAUGACAACAGGAUGGUCCUUUACCGAAGCAUCAUGCGUUGACCAGGAAGCAAGCACCUGACCUCGUUCCUAACUACUGGUCAGUCUAGCACUAUUUUCUUCUUUCUUAGUCUAUGAAGCAAGUCAUCAACACCUUGGUGACCAAGGUCUCUCACAAUGACCAUACGUUGUCAAUGAAGCAAGCACUGACAUAUAUUGGUGAUCAAAGCAUUUGCUGACACAUAUCCACCUUGAAGUAAAGAAAUAUGUUUGUGAAACUGCCUGCGUGGCAAGAUAAAGUGUGUUGAUUUUAUGGUAACAAGAUUGUGGUGUGCAGCAACUGACGCUCAACGAAAACAUUUGAAUGUAUAUUCUGUGACAGAUUUCCAAUCGGAGUGUUCUUUGAAGUAUCGCACUAACAAGACAUCUGUGAUACAAUACUGGGAGCACCGGAGGAGCAUGGAUGUGUCUGGUCUGAAGAAUGACUCUUCAUCUGUUCGUGACAAUGGUGUGAACCUAUGUUGACCUGUUGCCCUGAAUGAUCGAGACGUUUACGAGUCAUUCUCAUGGGAAAUAUAAUUGCAUUUUAUACAUCCACCAAUAACAUUCAGGAUAAAAGGUGAAGGAAGAAUUCUUCCUCUCAUAUAUUGCAUGAGGAAAACAGGAAAGGUGAUUGUUUUCAUGACAAUGUCACCAUUGACUACACCUGAAUACCACCAUAUCCUACCUGGAGCAUA